AUGAGCAGCGCUGGGCUACAGCAGCGCGUGGGCGCCGUGGCUGAGAGUACCUUGUCGGAACACUUGUAUUCUGUGUUGGUCUCCACCAUGAUUCCCACUCAGCCGCACGUGGUGCGCGGAAUCCCGCUGCGCCAACUCCUGCGCCAUUUUCCUUCAUACUGGUGGCGCGGGAAGCUGGGGCAUCUGCAUCGUCACUCUGUGCAGGUCGCCGAGUUUGAUGAGUUUUGGUCCCAUGCUUGGAGUGCGCCAGCCUGCCCCAAGAUCGCGAACGUGCUCUUGCUGCACCAUGGUUUGCCGGCAUCGGUGCUCGCUUCGGCGGCCGCAAUCGUGGUCUGCCUUUCAACUCGGUUUGGGCACCUGCCUCCUUUGGGACCCACGGGUGCAGGAUGGUGCACCAUUUCGGCAUGUGUCGUGAACUACCUGACCCUGCUCCUGUGGCAAUCGCGGCAGACGGUGUUUUUCGACCUCGCAAGCAUCAACCAGAGCGACGAGGAGCUGAAAUCCCAUGGGAUUGCCAGCUUGGGCGCCAUGCUGAAGAGGAGCAGACGGAUGGUGGUGUUUUGGCACUCAAUUUACACUUCCCGAUUGUGGUGCAUGUAUGAGCUGGCCACCUUCGUCGGCAGCCGCCCGCCUGGGACCCGGGCAAGCAUCACCGUCUGCCCGCCAUUGUUGGGAGUGCUGCGGCUGGGAUUUCAGUUCGGCUUUGUGCUUCUGAUGUUCCUCUUCGAGCCGGUCUUCUUGGUCGGAGGAAGGGUUCCGGUCUUUGUCGUGGCCUUCUGCUGCUUGUUAGGGGCAGGCCAUGCGGCUCGAUCAUACUGGCGCGAUGUUGACACCAUGGAGCAGCAAGCAAGUCAGUUCACCUUCGCACAGAGUACCUGUGCCUGUUGUCCUGUUGGGGAAGGCUGUGACAAGCCUUAUUGCGACCGCAGGAUUUUGUUCUCAUGCAUCGCUUCUUUGUUUGGUUCACUGGCAAGCUUCGAGGAGCAGGUGCGGACGCGGGAGCGGAAGGCUCUAUCUCAUCAGCUGCGUAAUCGCUCGAUUACGUACAGUCACAUCGUGCAGGCAACCCUUCCUGGUCUCUGGCUGGCGUGCGACUUCAUGUCGCGGUGGCCAGCAGAGGAAGCCCUGGUGGAGCUGGCUGAAACGUGUACCGAUCUGCUGGUGAUUUAUCCCUUUGCCGUGAAGAUUGCGCUGCGCUUGACGCACGCGCUGCGGGCACGUUGCGGCAGGGCCUGCCUGGACUUCAUGGUCUCCGUGGCCGUGACUGCAGUUGGAGUCUUCCUUGUCGGCCUUCCGUACCUGGUUCAUGCGUUUGUUGUCCAGGAAGUCAUAUCCAGCCCACUGAACGCGCAGCUGACAACUCUGGGGCUGUGGAGCAUACCUGCCAUCCUGCUGUGGCAGUGCUUGCCAGACCUACAGCCCCUUGCCGUUGCGCCGUCCAAGACCGAUUCCGGGGGCCCACCUGACUCAACCGGAGGCUCGGCAGACCGGGAAGACCAGAAAGACCUCGCGGUCAAUAAGGAAAGUCUCUGA